CUCUUCCUCUGAAGAACGCCUACUUCCUCCUUCUGUUCACCUCUGCUUUUCUUUCUUUUUAUGCGUGCAAAGGCGAGCCAGAAAAGUUCAGUUUUUUUUAUUAGGUGGGAAGCUGUUUGCAGUUCGGCUGCAGUAGCUCUUGCUGCCUUUGUUGUUGAUGUCUAUCUAAGCAGAAGCUCUGCACUUCCUGGCACUAAUCGGUUUAAAGAAGGAGAAGCGAGCAGCCUGGCGCGACGGUUUCCGGGUGUGAAUGAGAGCUAGAGCCAGGCAUCUGUGAGAGGCUUUGAACGCCCGACACCGCAGCAAUGCCGCCCCCUCCGGACAUCCUGAAAGUGGCCAUCGAGUGCACAGGGAUCAUCCCAAAACUUAUGGAAAUAGACCAGAAAAAGCCUCUGUCUGCAAUCAUCAAAGAAGUCUGUGACGGGUGGCAGCUGCCGAACCACGAGACCUACGCCCUGCAGAACGCCGACUCCACCAAUUUCUACAUCACUGAAAAGAAUCGCAACAACAUAAAAAAUGGUUCCAUCCUGCGCCUUACAACAUCUCCUGCCCAGAUGGCACAGCAGCUGCAUGAGCGCAUCCAAACCGGCAGCCUGGAUAUCAAACUGGACGCUCUGAAGGACUUGGCCAACUCGUCCCGAGACAUUACCUUCGCCCAGGAGUUCAUCAACCUGGACGGCAUCUCGCUGCUCACCCAGAUGGUAGAGAGCGGCACAGAGCGCUAUCAGAAACUUCAGAAGAUGAUGAAGCCUUGCUUUGGAGAGAUUCUGUCUUACACUCUGACGGCCUUCGUGGAACUCAUGGACCAUGGCAUCGUCUCAUGGGAUACCUUUUCUGUGGCCUUUAUCAAGAAGAUUGCAAGUUUUGUGUGUAAGUCAGCUACAGACUCUGCAGUCCUGCAGAGAUCUCUGGCCAUCCUGGAGUCUAUGGUGCUCAACAGUCAGGACCUGUACCAGAAGGUGGCGCAGGAGAUCACUAUCGGUCAGCUCAUGCCUCAUCUACAAGGGACGGAUCAGGACAUUCAGACUUAUACUGUCGCAGUGAUUAAUGCUCUCUUCCUUAAAGCCCCCGAGGACAAGAGACAGUAUGAUCCGAACAUUGUCAGCAUCCUUGAUUGUCCGCUUACCGAGAUGGCUCACAUUCUGGCACAGAAGCAGUUGCGCAACAUUAUCCUUACAAAUGUAAUCAGGAGCCCUAAGCCCAUUAACGAUGAGAUGGCCCACCAGCUUUAUAUGCUGCAAGUGUUGACCUUUAACCUUUUGGAGGAUCGCAUGAUGACCAAGAUGGACCCUCAGGACCAGGCUCAGAGAGACAUCAUCUUCGAGCUGCGCCGGAUCGCGUUCGACGUCGAGUGCGAGUCCAACAGCGGCAGCAUCGAGAAGCGCAAGUCCAUGUACACCAGAGACUACAAGAAACUAGGCUUCAUUAAUCAUGUGAACCCGGCAGUGGAUUUCACACAGAUUCCACCAGGGAUGUUGGCUCUGGAUAAUAUGCUGUAUUUUGCCAAACAACACCAAGAUUCCUACAUCAGGAUCGUCCUAGAGAACAGCAGUCGUGAAGAUAAGCACGAGUGUCCGUUUGGCCGCAGCAGUAUCGAGCUCACCAAAAUGCUGUGCGAGAUCCUCAAAGUAGGAGAACUGCCCAGUGAGAACUGCCAUGAUUUCCACCCCAUGUUCUUCACUCAUGACCGUGCUUUUGAGGAGUUCUUUUGUAUCUGCAUCCAGCUCCUUAACAAAACCUGGAAGGAGAUGAGAGCCACGUCAGAAGACUUUAACAAGGUGAUGCAGGUGGUGAGGGAACAGAUCACUCGUGCUUUGACGAACAAGCCUAACUCUCUGGACCAGUUUAAGACACGCCUGCAGAACCUGAGCUACACUGAGAUCCUCAAGAUCAGACAGUCAGAGAGAAUGAACCAGGAGGAAUUUCAGUCUCGGCCCAUUCUGGAGCUGAGGGAGAAGAUCCAGCCUGAAAUCAUGGAGCUGAUCAAACAGCAGCGUCUCAACCGUUUGUGUGAAGGCACCUGCUUCAGGAAGAUCAGCAGCCGCAGGAGACAGGAUAAGUUCUGGUAUUGUCGACUGUCCCCUAAUCAUAAAGUCCUCCACUAUGGAGACCUGGAGGAGAGUCCUCAGGGAGAGGUACCUCACGAUUCUCUACAGGAGAAGCUGCCCGUGGCUGAUAUCAAAGCUGUUGUGACCGGUAAGGACUGUCCACACAUGAAAGAGAAGGGAGCCCUGAAGCAGAACAAGGAACUGCUGGAGUUGGCCUUUUCUAUCCUCUAUGAGUCUGAUGAGUAUUUAAACUUCAUUGCUCCUGACAAGCACGAGUACUGUGUGUGGACAGAUGGACUGAACGCUCUUUUGGGCAAGGAGAUGACCAGUGAAUUCACUCGCUCUGACUUGGACACACUUCUGAACAUGGAGAUGAAGCUCCGCCUCCUGGAUCUGGAGAAUAUCCAGAUUCCAGAGGCCCCACCCCCAAUCCCAAAAGAACCCAGUAAUUAUGACUUUGUCUAUGACUGCAACUAAAACCCUCCACUGAACCAAGUGCUUUUUUUUUUUUUUCUGCUUUUUUUUUUCUUUUUCUUUUAUUACGUGCAGACUGGAAAACGUUUUCGGGGGUGGAAAAAACGUCUAACAAAAAGGAUCGAUUUUUCUUUCUUACUUUCGCUUCGUUCUUUUCUUUCAAAUCCUGUUCAAUUCCAAGCGGGUCAUCAAACUCACCGUUUGCUCUUCGGGUGUCUGACAUUAUGUCCCAUAGGGUUGGAUCCUCAGGUCCAGAACUUGCACCUCAAAAAAAAUUCAACUUUGUAGUACACACACACACACACACACACACACACACACACACUGAUCCUGGAUUAGCUCUGGCUCACACUCGUUCCGCUCGGUCCCAGUGCUUGUCCCUUUCUGUUUUUACUGGGCGUUUUCAUCCUGUUUUCGAGGCGAGAGCCCCACAACCAAGUGUGUGCCGAGCCUGGGGACUUUGGCUUUUAGCACUUCUUACAGCAGAUGUCUGACUCGCACAGGCAGCAGCUAACAGCACAGAAAAAGCAGUGGCACGAGUGUCCAAGUCCAUGUUUAAGUCCCUCAUCAUCAUCAUCAUCAUCGCUUCACCAACUACAGACUGUUAAUUUUGUCUUGUAUUAUCCCUGAUCUGGGUCUGUUCCCUCAGUGGUCUAACCAGCCUGUGGGACUGUAAGCUGAAAAUCCAAAUCCAACACUCGCUUCUACUUGAUACCCACCAGACUCACGGUAGACUGCUGUAACUUUCCAAAGCAAUAUAUUAUGUUUCUGUUUUCAUAACAUGGUGUAAACUUUAGUGAUUUUUUGUGUGGCCAAGUAGUCCGUUUUUUUGUUUGUUUUUUUUUCCCUUUUUUUAUUUUUUUGGUUUGUAGUUUAAGAUAAAUUUGAUCAUUAUUGUUAAUUUAAGUUAAAUGAUAAAAUGCUCUCACUGUUUUAUCCUCUUGAAAUAUUUUUUUAUCUCUUUCGGGUGUUUAUGUAUUUUAGAGCCCUACGCCAUGCUGUUUACAUUAAAGAUCAAUUCCAAUUCA